AUGACGCCUGUCAAGAUCCUGCUCGCGCGGGUUCUGUUCGCGAACCUGUUGCGAUUCGCCGUGGGCAUGGACAAUAGUACGAUUCCUAAGCCUUCCGUCGGACCACCAGUCGACAGCAUGUUCGUGACCCAGUGCCUCGACACAAGAUGCCUCUGCAACCAAAAAGACUACCAGAAGUCCCUCUUUCAGUGUCUUUAUUCGCAAUGCGACUCGAAUCACUAUGGCCCAGCUCUUAGCCAUGCGAUCUCGCUCUGCAUGAGCCUCGGCGCUGAGAUCUACAUGGUGGCCCCAGUUACUGUCGACAACGAACUGUUGCGAUCUCGUGAGGAUGACUACCUCGCCGGUCGCGAAGUCGCAAACCUUCCUGGCAUGCAAUUGCGACAAGAAAGUAUCGCCUUCGGAGAAACUACAACCGUCACAACCAUGGUUACAGCUAUCGUAACUGUGUCAUACUCGCCGACCACGAUCUCCCCAACCCCUACUGCAUUCCUCGAGACGACUUCACUAGCCGUGGUAUCGACUACAUCCGUUAGCCGGCCAUGGAUCAUCCCCGUCUCAAGGGCUCUUCGAAUGGAGCCGUCGUACUUCGGAUUGGUGGUAUGGGUAUGUGUAGUUGUCAUAAUGGAUUAUUGGGUGAAUGGCUAUUGGGGUUAG